AUGAAACCGAAUGACAAGAAAGAGUUUCUAAAGUUUGUAUCGUCAGUAAAGUUUCCCGAUGGGUAUGCUUCUAAUAUCGCACGUUGUGUGAAUGUUGACGGGGGUAAAUUUACUGGACUUAAAAGCCAUGACUGCCAUGUGUUUAUGCAACGCCUACUUCCUGUUGGUAUUUGGACACCUAUUGCCGGAAGAUGUAGUGAAGCCAAUCAUUUUGUUGUCCAGAUUUUUUUCCCAACUGACGGCAAAAACUUUGCAAAAAACGGACAUGUUUUAGUUGCGCCAUGA